GAAGCGAAGGGAGACGCUGCUCUUUCUCUGUUUCGUCACCAAAACCAAAACCCUCGUUCAGCUCUCUCUCCUCUCUCUCUCUCUCUCUCUCUCCUCUCUCUCUCUCUCUCUCUCUCUCUCUCAUCCUUUUUCUCUCUCUAAAAGCUCCAUACUCAGACUCGUGUAUUCCUCACUCAGUCGCUUCCUCUCUCACAUAGACCCACAUCAGAGGAAGAAGAAGAAGCUCCCAUGGCCGAUCCCUCCGACGAGGCCGCCCACAUCGAGAAGCUCUACGAGUUCGGCGAGCGUCUCAACGAAUCCAAGGACAAGUCCCAGAAUGUGAAGGACUACCAGGGGAUUAUUGAUGCGGCCAAGACGAGCAUCAAGGCCAAGCAAUUGGCUGCCCAGCUCAUCCCUAGGUUUUUCAAGUUCUUCCCUGACCUUUCCGGUCCCGCCAUCGAUACUCAUCUUGAUUUGAUCGAGGAAGAAGAGCUUGGGGUUCGGGUUCAAGCGAUUCGGGGGCUUCCCCUUUUCUGCAAGGACACGCCGGAACAUAUUGCCAAGAUUGUGGACAUUCUCGUGCAAUUGCUUGCAGCGGAGGAAUUUGUCGAGCGUGAUGCGGUCCAUAAAGCUCUCAUGGCUCUUUUAAGGCAGGAUGUGAAAGCUUCUUUGACAGCCUUAUUUAAGCACAUUGGAAGUGUUGAUGAGCCAAGCACAGAUGAAUUUAUCCGGGAGAAAGUGUUAAGCUUUAUAAGAGAUAAGGUAUUUCCUAUUAAAGGAGAACUGUUGAAGCCUAAGGAGGAAAUGGAGAGGCAUAUUACUGAUUUGAUUAAAAAGAGUUUAGAAGAUGUAACUGGAGCAGAAUUUAGAAUGUUCAUAGACUUCUUAAAAAGUUUGAGCAUAUUUGGAGAGAAGGCUGCUCCAGAACGAAUGAAAGAACUUAUUGGAAUUAUUGAAGGUCAAGCCGAUUUAGAUGCACAAUUCAAUGUUUCAGAUUCAGACCAUAUUGACAGAUUGAUAUCUUGCCUCUACAUGGCCCUUCCAUUUGUUGUGAGAGGUGCAUCAAGUAGCAAGUUCCUAAACUAUCUCAACAAGCACAUAAUACCUGUCUUUGAUAAGUUACCUGAGGAACGGAAGUUAGAUUUGCUCAAAGCUCUUGCAGAGAUUUCACCUUACACAACACCACAAGAUUCACGCCAGAUUCUUCCUGCUAUUGUUCAACUGUUAAAGAAUUACAUGCCUCGGAGGAAGACAGGAGAGGAGAUGAACUUCACUUAUGUUGAGUGCUUGUUGUACUCGUUUCACCAUCUUGCUCACAAGGUUCCCAAUGCUACAAACAGUUUAUGUGGUUACAAAAUAGUAACGGGCCAACCAUCAGAUAGGCUUGGGGAGGACUUCUCUGAGCAAUACAAGGACUUCACUGAAAGGCUGACUAAUGUGGAGGAGCUAACUAGGGCUACCAUGAAAAAGUUAACCCAGGGAAUGGCAGAACACAAUAAAGCGAUGGCAGCAGCCAAAACUGAUGAAGCCAAGGGUACCGUUAAAACUCAGAAGCAGAAUACAACAACUGGAUUGCGAACCUGUAACAACAUUUUAGCAAUGACAAAGCCAUUGCAUGGGAAAACACCUGCAUUUAUUGGAGAUAAGAGCAUCAACUUAUCAUGGAAAGAAGCAACAAAACCUGCAGUGUCUUCCGCGACUGCUACUGUUGGUGGUAAACGGCCUGCUACUGCUGCAAAUGGAUCAGGCAAUGCCGCUUCGAAAAAGGGCCGUGGUGGUGGUGGUUUUCAAAAUCAGCUCAUUAACAGAGCAUUCGAAGGUUUAUCUCACGGCGGGAGAGGCGGGAUAAGGGGCAGAGGCAGGGGAUGGGGCGGCCGCGGGAGAGGAAGGGGCUACCGGUAAAUCUCGAUGAGUGAUUCAGUAUGAAAAUAGCUAGAGGCCUAGAAGGCUGGAAGAUAUGUUACCAGAAGACAGUCAUAGGGAACUUAAUGUAUGGAAUUCUUCUCGUAGUGACAGGUCUUGUUUCAUAGAGGAAGUUGAUGAGUUUAGACUCUGAUUUGGACUAACAGUUAUUAUUGUAUUCCCCGGAGAAUAGACCGGCUGUGAUUAGAGCUCGAGGAUUCCGAGUCUUUUGAAACUUAGCUGGUCAAAGCAAACAAAAUCCCGGAUUAUUGAGGUGAAAGUGCAUGAAUGUCUGUGAGUUUACUUUAA